CCGUAGCUCACGAAACAAGAUCUGUGCAUGUCUAGGUCUAGUCUAUUUAUUUCCAAUAUUACAGACUUUAUUCUCGUACAGAUUCUGUUAUUUUUUCUGCCCCAACUACAAGCACUACAUCAAGGGGUUAAGUAGUAGUUUAUCUAACUUGUAUUUAUUUCUGUCCCAACAAACUUACUACUCGCCUGAAUGAUGGCGCGUAGGCGAAGAAAGAAAGGACUGCAUCCCGCAGCCGCGAUUUUCUUAUCUACUAGUAGAGGAAUAGUACGUGCAGCAGAGGCGUCGUCGAGUCAUGUUAUGAAAGAAACAAUGUGAAGAUUGAACUCCAACUUCUCUUGAAGAAUUUGUUUCCUUGAAUAGAAGAUGAACCAAUAAGCGUACGUACUUAUUUUUCGUUUCUGCGAUUGUUUACUUCUUCACCUCGUGGUCAUGGUCAUGUCUACUACGUCUAGUGCAACUACUACUAAUUGAGGAGUCAAUUCUCAUUUUUGACCAAAUUUUUUAGUUAUAGUUUGUUGUUGUUACAACUACUGGCAUUAGCAGCUAAAGAUCUUUUUUUCAGCUGAAUGUUGGCAGUUGUGACUCACAUCAUGAAUGGGAAGGUUACAGCUGUCUCUUCUUACUUUCUAAAAAUCAUGUGAGGAGAACAAGGGGUGACGACAUAGAGGCGGUGGAAAUCGAUGCUCUAGCAGGUGGGCGUCAUUUACGACGGGCAACAACGUCCGCGCGUAGGGGUCGAGGAGAAACAAGUGGACACGCAUCAUCACAGGCUGACAGUGUGAGUGUGUAUGGAAAAGGAAUAAGAAUGAGUAGUCUUCAUUUUUUUAUAAGUGAACAGGCCAACGCCUAAACCACUAAGCCAACUGCGCAGUUGGCUUAGUGGUUUAGGCGUUGGCCUGUUCACUUAUCAUUUUUGAUUAUAAUAUGUACAGGAUGAUCCAUAACCUAACCUAACCUAACCUAACCUCUUUGAUGUAAGUACAUGAUCACUCUUUAGUAACUUUCUUGUCUCGUCAGUGGUAGAAAGUGACCACCAGAGACAUCUGAUGAUGCACACAGGAUGAAAGUGUGUAUGAAAAAUAAGAUUUUUCAUUAAUUGUCCCUUUCUUGUUUACAACAAGUACAAGAAGAUCGAUAGAAACACCUUCCCUCGUUCAUGAUACAGCGGAACAAGAAGAUCCUUACGACGAAGGCACCACGAUACGCGAAGAAGACAGACGCAGACAGGCAGAACACCGAAGAAACGUCGGAAGUUCCGCUGCAACAUCUUCUUCAUCUGGACAUAGUGGACAAGGACAUCAAGUAGGUCAUUCUCACAGUGGAGAAGGACAUCAAGUAGGUCAUUCUCAUAGUGGAGAAGGACAUCAAGUAAGUCAUCCUAGUUCCAGUAGACAAGAACACACGAGAGGACAUUCUGGUUACUCUGGGCAACAUGGUCGUGGACAAGCAGAGCACUCAGGUCAAGACGGACACUCGGGUUCUGGCAGAAGCAGUGGUGACACUGAUAGACGUAGCGUUAAGGCUCAAUGCAAUUCAUUUCCGACGGUUUUUUUUUUGUAUCGCGAGCGAGUUCCGGGAAGGUCCUGCCUACAUUCAUAUUUCCCGCGUAGUUAACGGCAAUUUUUGUUCGUUUCCCUUCUGAGGAUUCUGGAGAAAUGCAGAGAAGAAGUUGGCAAGAAAUGUUUUGAGCUCUAAUAGCGGCAAGCAUGUGCUGAAUGAAGAACAAGAACCAGGAGACUACGUGGAUGCCCCAAGAACAGAGCGGGAGUACGGAUAUCCAGAUGAUCAUGGAAAUGUCGUGGAGGUAGGUUCGUCACCAUCAUCUUCCUCUACAGCGAAACUGCGUAGACAUAAACAUCAACGUCUAUCUAGUUCGCAUCAACAUGGACGCGACGAGGUGCUGCAUAGGAAUAGUGACAGCGAUCAUCGGCAGAGACACGAUCAUCAGAUGACCGGUCAUGACUACAGCAGUCGUCAUCGUGACAGAGAUGAUUAUAGAUAUAGUUAUGGCAUCAGAGAAUACACGGCCCUAGUACUGCCCCAUUUCCAUAAUUGACACGUCUUCGUAAGUUAACCUCGUCUGUAUACUAUAAUGUUGACCUCGUUUCUAUACUAUAAUGAGGGCAUAUCAUCUUUGACCUUUUUAGAGGACUGUUGCGAACGAAGGAAAAGUCAGAUGAAUCAUACGGUCGACAGUAUUGAUCGGUCAGGUUGCAACUACCCCUAAUGUGGCGACUUGGAACUAGUAGACGAUAGAUUGGACGAUGGAGAGGCAUCCUCGAUGAGCAGUUCAUCAAAAUCAUGGACAUGGAGGCCUGAGGAGACAGCCUUUGUCGAUCAAACAGGAGAACGACACCAUGUACAAAUAGUAGUAGUACGUAAUACCUCAAACUAGACUAUACUAGUAGUUGGGAUUUAUUAGAAGUACUAUUUUUAUACUACAUUGUGACCACACGACGUACACGUACUAGGACAAAUACUUUUAUCUCAAAGUAGUAGGGUUUGAUGAUACUACCUAUGAGCAAUGAUGAAUACUACCUUGUUUCAUGCAAUUAUUGCACGACUACAGUCAGCUUCGUCUAGGCCCAUUUGUUGUGCCACUUCUACUUAUGCAUAUUCUCAUUUUUUGACAUCAGCGGCAUCAUUCGCAGGAUGCUUCUUCCUUUCAUGGCUCGUCACAACAUCAGCGACAACGCCGAGAUAAUAAUGUUAAGGCCAUUAAAUUGCAAUCAAUAUUGAAUGAUCUUGUUCAAUUUCAAGAACUUGUCAAGAUUCUGAUCAACCUCACCCAUUUUUGUUCUUGUACAACCUUGAUAUUGUUGGAUAACACGAUGCAUGCACAAGAAGCCAAGUUGGAGAAAAUUUAUUUACAACGCACGGCAUUGGCAUGAUCCUUGAUUUUGAGGGCACCGCUAACAAUGCGACAAAACAAACUGAUCGGCUCUAACAAUGCGACAGAAGCGGACGACGGAAACGGCACGAACCUUUCACACACUCUAGGGGUCGCAAAAGAAGUGGCUGAGCAAGCAGGUACUGUUGCUAAUGCUAUUCAAUCUUAGUCUUUACGAACACCACCGUUGAAACAUCCUCAACAUCAUGAUUCUUGGCCUUUUUUCUACUUCAAAAACGGAUCAAGGAUGCAAUCAGGGAUGUCAAUACCCAGAUCCCAUGUUCGCUACUUCAUAAAAGGGAUGCUAAAGCAGUAGCUCUGACUUCAUGACUGAGGAGUUGCUUGAAAUACCUAUCUCUUCAGAAAACUAAAUCCUGGAGUGGAAAAGGUUUGAAAUGAUUUAGAUGUGCUAUAAAAUUCAACUACUUACACAUCUUCAAACGCUUCAUCUUCCAUCCCUCCAUUUUCUUCGAUCCCUCCAUCUUCAGACACACAUCUUCAAACUUCUCCUUUUUCUUUGUUCAGUACAUCUUCAAAAUCUUCGUUAUUAAGCACAUUCUUCAUCAUUUCAGCCUUGCCAUUAGGGGUGAUGAUUGUAGUGGGCGGUCUUCUGUUUUUCGCCACGUCGUGGAUCAUGUACCUUUUCUGUCGGUCACGACAAGAAAUUCGAGAUGAGCAAAAGGAAAUCUUAAGGCACUGAAACUCACCCUGCUCGCUCGUUAUUUGAGUGAAACGCUGUACUGAGAUGACGUUCCCCUACUUCUUCUCCAUUGACGGAAACUUGCUGUUCUCGCAGCAUCUUAAUAUUACGCAGCAUCUUAAUAUGAAUCUUUUAUUUGCUAACAACGCUACUGCACCUUUAGAAGUGUCGUGUGAGUCAAUCUACGUCUCCAACCAUUACGCGCGGGCGCUUUAUAUCCAUGAGAUGAAGAAUAGAGAAAAAAGCGCGCUUUCUGGCCGCUGGCUUGUCGGUUGGGUUUCUUCACUCUCUUGAGAGUGCGGGUGGAGCGCGUUUUCUCGGCCCACCCAGGCCCCUCACGAGCCGUUCGCCGCCCCGCCCUCUUUUUUUUGGGUUUAGGUGUUGGGCAGCAGUCUCUGUCUGCUUCGAAGUCUGUCUUCUGCGGUCACCGCGAGGAGCUGCAUUUUGGCCAGCCUUCGGCGCGGGUUUUCGGCUCUCUGUCUUGUCCCUUCGGUCCGAGAUCGUCUCGCGUGCCACUGUGGUGAGGAGCAGCAUACCUUCGGCGCGCUCUCUCCUCUGUGUCCCGUUUCCCCCUUUCGCAGAUGCUUCUAGUGUGGCUCUCAUGUCUACUAUCCAGUCCGUGCCUCUAAUCCUUGCAAUGGGAGAGUCGGAAGAAGCAGUGUCGCAACUUUUAGGCCACACUCUCCAGAAAAAUGCUGAGCAGGACAGCUCUACUAUGACAUGUACUUUUGACCCUAUUCCUGUUCCUGUUGAUUGACAUCGAGAAGGACUACAUUCUUAGUGUUCAUUUUGACGAUCCGGCUUCCAUCAUCAUCAUCAUCAUCAUCAUCAUCAUUCUCGUCACCAAUCUUAGAUGCGGAGAAUGAGGGAGACUAUAACUUGACGACGGAGGUUUUUAAAGAGGCUGCUAGCGUCAGCGAUGCAGGUGACUAACAUGUAGUACACAAAAUUGACGUUGGUGACUCAUGUGUACGCGAAGACGUUGAUAACCCACGACUAUUACACGAAGCUGGUGACCCACGACGUGUACACGAAGCUGGUGACCCACGACGUGUACACGAAGCUGGUGACCCACGACGUGCGCGCGAUAUUGUUGACCCACGACGUGUACGAGAUGUUGUUGACCCACAACGUGUACGAGAUGUUGUUGACUGACGUGUACACCACGAUUUUGCUAUUGGUGACUCACGUGUGCAACAAGAUGUUGGUGAACAUUGUGUGCGCACAAGACCAAGGCUGCUCUGGUUCUAUGUGGAUGAAGCUCACCGUCAACACAGUGCAUUAGACCGUAUGAUCCAGAAGAUCCCCUCCCGCUUUGCCGAAUUGAGGAUUGAAAUACGAUUACUUACAGAGGAUGAAGUAGAUUUUUCAUGUUGUGACUCGCAGAAAUUUUUGUAUUGAUGUCGUCGUAACUGAUGUUGUUUCCUGGUGUUGUAACGAUGUACUAGAACUUUAUAUGUUGUAGAGAAACUAAUUGGUAAGUACAUGGUUUUCAAACGAAUAAUACACGAACCUGUGUUGAAGUUGUUUCCUUUUUCUUUUACUGUCUUUUGUUUCAUGAAGGUCCAGUUAGAAAUUUCUCUAGCAAGCUAUAGGAGCUUCUUAUUUUCGACUUUUCUUUGUUGCUCUCGUUUCUGAUUCCAAGAAUAUUCCAUUCAUUCUCGUCUUCUGUUAUCAAAACCUAGCUCCUGUCGCACCGUUUUCUUUUGGCUUUUGAAAAAGUUCAUGUCACGAAUAUAUGUAUGUAUAACUCCAAUUAGCUCCAUUAGGUUAGAUUACACCUACGCGCCUAAGUUUUUUGUGUUGGAAGAAGUCUUUUUAGCAGUAUCGCUUCAGAAAAGGGACGGCCCGGAAAAGAAACAUCACUACUAUAUCAAAAGUGAAAAAUAGAAUUAGAAAGGUACCUCACCAAGAUGAUAACACUCCGGUUACAACAACAAGAAGAACCUAUCUUUCAGAUAAAAAGUCUGUUUCGUCGCGACGAAGAUUUGCAGCUCUCUCGAGAUUUGCAGCUAAGACUCCUUCGACGACACGCCACCUACCUAAAUGAGAU